AGGAUUGUUGGAUGGAGGUCUGAACUCUGAAGGGUCAGGUCGAGCACCCUGUCAAAACUGUGAGGCCACAGGUAAUCAGCUAAUAUAAGUUGCCAGUGCCACACAUACACUUUCUCUCUCAGCUCGUCUGAUCUAUGUUCCAGCUGGUUGGUUGCUCAAUACAAAACAUACUGUUCUUAAUUCUCUGAUCUCCCAUCCCUAUGGUUUCCCUCCUCCCAAGAUGCCUUCUUAUCCAGGCCUCCACUUCUCCCUCUCAAGGUGGUUUGGGACGAUAUUGCGACGAAAAUCAGUUCAACCGGACAACAGCGACGACACCUACGACGAAAACCCCAACUUUAUCUCGACGGAAUGUUACGCGUGCACGCAGGUUGGUGUUCCGGUUUUCCACUCCACAAGUUGCGACAAUGCUCACCAGCCGGAGUGGGAGGCGUCGGCCGGUUCGUCGCUAAUUCCCAUCAAGAACCGCCCCGGUUCCGUCACUCAUCGCUCCACCCAAGAUUUCCACCGCUCGGGGCCGUUCGGGCGGGUGUUGGACCCCCGUAGCAAGCGCGUGCAGCGGUGGAACCGGGCGUUCUUGCUGGCGCGUGGAAUGGCCUUGGCCAUCGACCCUCUCUUCUUCUACGCCUUAUCCAUCGGCCGGAGUGGGACCCCCUGCCUCUACAUGGACGGCGGCUUGGCAGCCAUCGUCACCGUCCUCCGCACGUGCCUCGACGCCGUCCACAUCUGCCACCUCUGGCUCCAGUUCCGCCUUGCCUACGUGUCAAGGGAGUCCCUCGUCGUCGGCUGCGGCAAACUCGUCUGGGACGCGCGUGCGGUUGCCUCACACUACGUCCGCUCCCUCAAAGGCUUCUGGUUCGAUGCUUUCGUCAUUCUUCCCAUUCCUCAGGCAGUGUUUUGGUUGGUGGUACCAAAAUUGAUAAGGGAGGAGCAGGUGAAGCUCAUAAUGACAAUUCUUCUUCUUAUCUUCUUGUUCCAAUUCCUCCCAAGAAUCUACCAUAGCAUAUACUUGAUGAGAAGAAUGCAGAAGGUGACAGGCUAUAUUUUUGGAACCAUUUGGUGGGGCUUUUGCCUCAACCUCAUAGCUUACUUCAUUGCUUCCCAUGUUGCUGGGGGUUGCUGGUAUGUUCUUGCGAUUCAAAGAGUGGCUUCAUGCCUUAGGCAGCGGUGUCAUUAUCAGAAAAGUACGUGCAAUCUCCGGUUGUCGUGCUCGGAGGAGGUAUGCUACGAGCUUCUACUGCCAGGCGGCGUUGAAGGGAAUUCUUGUGCCGGUAACUCAACGGCGGCGGCACUGAUGAGGAAGCCAUUGUGCUUGGAUGUGAAUGGGCCAUUCCGGUUUGGGAUAUACAAAUGGGCUCUCCCCGUCGUGUCUAGCCGCUCCAUUGCUGUCAAGAUUCUUUAUCCCAUCUUCUGGGGGCUCAUGACUCUCAGCACGUUUGGGAAUGAUUUGGAACCCACUAGUAACUGGUUGGAAGUCAUCUUCAGCAUUUGCAUUGUGCUUAGUGGGUUAAUGUUGUUCACACUCUUGAUCGGAAACAUUCAGGUAUUUCUGCACGCGGUGAUGGCAAAGAAGAGGAAAAUGCAACUAAGGUGUCGAGAUAUGGAAUGGUGGAUGAAGAGAAGACAGCUGCCGUCAAACUUGAGACAGAGAGUGCGCUACUUUGAACGCCAAAGAUGGGCAGCCAUGGGUGGGGAAGACGAGAUGGAAUUGAUUAAAGACUUGCCGGAAGGGCUUCGACGAGACAUUAAACGAUUCCUCUGCCUCGAUCUCAUCAAAAAGGUGCCUCUGUUCCACAGUUUGGACGAUCUCAUUCUUGACAACAUCUGCGACCGCAUUAAGCCGCUAGUCUUCUCCAAAGAUGAGAAGAUAAUAAGAGAAGGAGAUCCGGUGCAACGAGUGGUGUUCAUAGUCCGGGGCCGUGUAAAAAGCAGCCAAAACCUUAGCAAAGGGGUGGUGGCCACAAGCAUCCUCGAACCAGGAGGCUUCUUAGGCGAUGAGCUUCUCUCAUGGUGUCUCCGCCGCCCCUUCAUCGACAGGCUUCCGGCUUCCUCCGCCACAUUUACCUGCAUCGACUCCACUGAAGCCUUCGGCCUUGACGCCAACCACCUCCGCUUCAUCACCGAUCACUUCAGGUACAAAUUUGCCAACGAGAGGCUUAAGCGGACGGCAAGGUAUUACUCCGCCAACUGGAGAACCUGGGCCGCCGUGAAUGUGCAGUUGGCGUGGCGGCGCUACAGGCUCAGGACUAGAGGUCAGCCUAAUACUGUGCCGGAAAAUGCAGACGACGGCGAUCGACGGCUCCGGCAGUAUGCCGCGAUGUUCUUGUCAAUCAGACCACACGACCACCUUGAGUGAUAUAUUAUUCUUUGUUUUCCUCAUUUUUAAUUUUCGAUUGGUUAAGGUUGAUAUUAUUAAGGUUUUAGGAUCAUUGUGAUAUUGUUUGAUGGCAAUAAAAGGUACUCUGUACUUAAAUAAAUUCUUUUUUUUUUCUUUUCAAAAACUUCAAUAAAUACAUUGUUUUCCAAGUAAA